GAAAAAAGAAGGGUUCCAAAUUUUUGCCUACAAUAUUUUUGUGCAUUAAAAACUGGUGCAUUCGGGUGCAUUUGUUCAGCAGAGUGUGCAAUUUGAUGGAAUUAUUCCCUCGAGCAGCAGGUUGUGGUGUUGGAUGGUGGAAAAACUUGCGUUAGGAGUGUUGAAAUACUAGUAAUAUUUUCUCGAUCAUUUUUACGUCGUCAUUUGAAGGCAACGUGUGAAGUGUUAUUUUUUUUCCCUGACCUCAUCAUUCGCACCUACACUUGUUACGCAAAAAGAAUACGAGCGAGCAGACGCGAAUAGUGAUUAGGGAAAGCACAACAGAACCGAAAAAUGUCCUUUCGUUUGCUGACCACACGUUUGUACAAACAUGGUCGCCUGCUGGUCCAGAACUAUCUCAAGCGGGAUAUACACGUUAGCAACGUUUGGUCAAACCCUACGGAGAGUGCAAAAGUGAACAAGAUUAACGAAACGCUGAGGCAUGAUCUGCGGAUCAACGAGUUCCGGAACAACAGUUUCCUGCGGUUUGGUAACCAAGCGCGUCGCCUCUUCAUCGACAAUGUGUUAAACAGGGUUACCAAUCCGUACUCCAUCGAUUUGCGGCUGCAAGCCACAAAGAAACUGUUGUAUGGCGAUUCUACUCCUUUCUUUGCCCUGGUCGGAGUGAGCUUGGCCUCAGGAGACGGCGUGCUGACCAAGAACGAUGAGCUGGAAGCCGUCUGUUGGGAGAUUAGGCAUGCGAUGUCAAACUUUCAGGAGAAAGUGGGUGAGAAAGACAUCGAAAGCCGUCUGGAUGAGGAGUUCGGAAUAGAGAACUUAAACAUUGGCAAACCCAUUGCUAAAGGCUGCUCGGCCGUUGUGUAUGCCGCUUCGCUUAAAGAACCGGAUAGUGUCUUUAGUGACACUUCGUCGUCCCAAUCGGAACAUAGAGCAACCCCAGAAGAAAGGGUGGAGGCAACGCAAGAUUUCUCUGGCCAGUGGAGCAACGGCAAUAGUGCGCUACUGUUGCCGGAAAGAACGUCUUCGGCCGUUUUGCGUCAAAUGAUAAAUGAUAGUGAUGACCAAACGGGAGCAAAUAACAAUCGCAGAGUGCGGUUUAAUAGUGAAACAAGAAUUAGAACGAUGUCUGAAAAUAGCGCAUCAUCAAAGCAUGAGCACAGCAUAAACGAUUAUUUGCGCGAAUCAAACGAAAAAGAUUAUAACAUCGAAGAAUAUCCGUUGGCACUGAAGAUGAUGUUUAAUUACGACAUACAAAGCAACGCGAUGGCCAUUCUGAAGGGAAUGUACCGUGAAACUGUUCCGGCCAAGAGAAGAACCAUCGAAAGUGCGUGGGAAAAAAGUCUCAUGGAAAAGACCAAUUUUCUUCCACCUCAUCCAAACGUGGUGGAAAUGUACGGUGUAUUUUGUGACCAAGUGCCGGACUUGUCCAUGUCCGCAACGCUGUAUCCGAUGGCACUGCCCCAACGGCUGAAUCCGCAAGGUUACGGACGCAACAUGAGUUUGUUUCUGUUGAUGAAACGAUACAACAUAAAUUUGAAAGAAUACCUCCAGCAGCCAGGCGUGGAUAUGCGUACACGCAUUCUUUUGUUUGCGCAGCUGCUGGAAGCCGUCGCACAUUUGAAUCGUCACGGCGUUUCACAUCGGGACAUUAAGUCGGAUAACAUUCUCAUCGAACUGCGCCCGAAUAUGCCACCGACGCUGGUGUUGACCGAUUUUGGAUGCUGCGUUGCAGACAAGCGAAAUGGAUUGCGCAUCCCGUACACCUCGGACGAGAUUGAUAAGGGCGGCAAUAUGGCGUUAAUGGCACCGGAGAUUAUCGAACAGUUGCCGGGUACGUUUGCAAUACUGAACUACACCAAAGCGGAUCUUUGGGCUUGUGGCGCAAUUGCGUACGAAAUUUUUGGCAGUGAUAAUCCUUUUUAUUCUGAUAUGUAUUCGGCUCUCAAAAACACGACAUACGAGGAGCAUAUGCUACCAGCAAUGGAUCAAGAUGUUCCGAAGUUGAUCCAGUGUCUUGUACAGAAUAUUCUGCAGAGAAAUCCCAACAAACGCUUAAGCCCGGACCUUGCAGCGAACGUGAUGCAACUGUUCCUGUGGUCACCAUCGUCAUGGUUACGCGAGCAGUACGUACCGUCUAGCAAUGAAAUUUUGCAAUGGUUGCUGAGUCUCACGACAAAGAUCCUUUGCGAGGGCCCAUUGCGGGUCACUCCCGAUGGUACGAUGGGUCGCAGAACAUACACGGAGUACUUACUGAUAGCGAGCUUUCUUUCACGAGUACGUUUGGAGCGGAUCAAGUGUGCGCUCGAUUGGAUACAUACGGUUAAUGUUGGCUCUUCGUAAGAAUUGUGAUAUUGCUAUGCUGUGAGUAUAUAACAGAUAGUGCGGGUUGAAUAAACAUAUUUAUUUUUAACACAUA